AUGGGCCUGGUCCUCUGGAGCAGGGCUAGGGACACGGGCGCUGGCCUGCCCCCGCCCACCCCCCUCCCAGGGCUGGGCAACCUCCUGCAGCUGCAGGGGGGACCCCUCCUCCAGGCUCUGCUCAGGCUGAAGGACCAGUAUGGGCCGGUGUUCACGGUGCGCCUGGGCCCAACCCCGCUGGUGGUGCUGUGCGCAGCCCAAGCGGUGCGUGAGGCUCUAGUGGACCAAGCGGACGCCUUCGGGGGGCGCGCAGACGUGGCCAUCUCCGAGAAGACCAACCGAGGCUACGGCAUCGCUUUCAGUCAGGGCGAGCGGUGGAGGACCCUGCGGAGGUUUGCCCUGACCACUCUUCGCGACCUGGGCCUGGGGAGGCGGAGCCUGGAAGAGCGGAUCCAGGAGGAGGUGGGCUGCCUGGAGAGGGAGCUGGAGAGCACGUGCGGAACGCCCUUUGACCCCACCUUCCCCAUUUGCCGCUCCACGGCCAACAUCAUCUGCUCUGUGGUCUUUGGCUGCCGUUUCCACUACCAGGAUGAGGACUUCAAGACCUUCCUGGGGCUGCUGGCCGAAAACCUCAAGCAGAUGGACACGUUCUGGGUGCAGGCAUAUGGUCUUUUCCCCGCUCUCCUGAGGCACCUUCCUGGACCACACAACCGGCUCUUUGAGGUCUUUGAGAAGCAGAAGGAGUUUAUGGCCCGGGUGGUGAAGGAGCACCAGGACUCUGUCGACACAGCUCACCCUCGGGACUUCAUUGAUGCUUUCCUCAUCCGCAUGCAGCAGGAGCAGGGAGACCCUCACACAGAAUUCAACCAAGAGAAUUUGCUCAAUUCUGCUCUGGACAUCUUCUUUGCUGGGAUGGAGACAACCAGUACCACGCUCAGAUAGGGGCUCCUGAUCCUCCUGAAGUUCCCACAGGGAGCAGAACUCAUACAGCAAGAGAUUGACCAAGUAGUGGGCCCAGAGAGACGGCCCUGCCUCGGGGACAGGCCCCGGAUGCCCUACACAGAUACGGUCCUUCAUGAGAUCCAGAGGUUUGCGGACAUCAUGCCUCUGGGAGUGCCCCAUGCCGUCACCCAAGACACUGAGUUCCAGGGUUAUCACAUCCCCAAGGGCACCAUGGUGUUCCCACUGCUCCACUCCGUCCUCCAUGACCCUGACCAGUUCCAAGACCCGUCCUACUUCCAGCCUGAGAGGCUCCUAGAUGCCGGCGGAGCUUUUAGGAGAAGCCCUGCCUUUCUGCCCUUCUCUGCAGGGCGCCGCGCAUGCCCAGGAGAGGCUCUGGCCCGCGCCGAGCUCUUCCUCUACCGGAGGUGGCUGCUGCAGCGCUUCUCCCCCACCUCGCCUCUGCCCUCUGCGGCCCUGCACCUGCAGCCCCGGGACAGUGGCUUCGGGAAGCAGCCACCCGCUUUCCAGCUCAUCCUGCAGCCACUAGAGCACUUCAGACCCAAGGACUCCUCCCACCCUGACAGCCCCCCUCCCGUGGCCUGAGCCUGAGCCUCCCGCAGCGCCUGGCCUCGGCUCCCCCUGUACGCAACGCAGAGGGUUUUGUUGGGUCCACCUUUAGGCUCCGGAGCCUGACUCCACGGUCUGGGUCUUCCCUCCCCUGGCCACUGCUGAUUCCUGGAAGA